GGGUUUCAGUGGAACUUGAGUCUUCGUUGUGGUCGCAUCAUGUCGGGUGUUUUAGUUUUGUAUGGCACGGAUAUAAGUCCGCCAGUCCGGGCUUGUAAACUGACUUUGAGAGCCCUAAACUUGGACUACGAAUACAGGGAAAUGGAUCUUCUAGCCGGAGAGCAGUUCGACGAAAAGUUCCUUGAAAAGAACCCUCAGCACACGGUGCCGCUGCUCGACGAUAACGGAUCCCUCAUCUGGGACUCACAUGCCAUUGUUUGCUACCUGGUGGACAAGUACGCCAAAUCGGAUGAUCUGUAUCCCAGGGAUCUGGUGAGGCGGGCUCAAGUCGAUCAGCGUUUGUUCUUUGAUGCGAGUAUCUUGUUCAUGUCCCUGCGGAAUGUUAGUAUUCCCUAUUUUGUUCACCAAGUAAACCUGGUGCCCAAGGAGAAGGUAGAUAACAUCAAAGACGCCUACGGACUUCUGGAGACCUUUUUGGGAGAUAAUCCCUACCUAAAUGGGUCCACUCCAACACUGUCAGAUUUCUGUUGUGGAGCUACUGCCUCUUCGCUGGCCGCUGUUCUCGAACUGGAUCAGGAAAAGUAUCCCAAGGUGGCUGCUUGGCUCAAUCGCCUAUCCGAGCUACCCCACUAUGAGGAGGAUAACGCCAACGGCUUGCUAAAUUAUAUAGACCUUCUUAAGCCCUACCUAAAACUAGAGGAAUAAUUGUUUACAACUUAUUUUUAUAUGAACAAAUAGAAGAUAAUAUUUAAAAAUCAUAUUCUUUCGCAAACGUAUUCCAGUUCCCUUAAACCCCUGAUCUUAUGUAUUUUAUAUAAGGUAUUCCACCAUCUUUAAAAACUCUUUACGGUAGAACUUGUAAAUCUCUUUAAGCGGGUUUGAAAUAUAUCGAAAUGACUUGAUGCUAGAAAAAGAGAGAAAACAAACAAUAGUUCAGUAGAUAUUUCUGACUUUGUAUAAAUGGUAUGUUCUUCUGCUAAAAAAUAAAUAAUGCUGAUUUUAAGUAUCUCAAAAA